AGAGAGGGAGAGGGACUCUGUCACUCACUUUUAGUAAAGCCAAACACGCACACAGAAAGAUACCUGGAGUCCAAGUGAGCCUCUCUGCUACAGAGCUGAUCAAGGUGUUCAGCGGCAGGGAUUAACUUUGGCUACAAGGACAGAAGACUCACACACAUAGAAACACACCCAACACUUACACUCAUUUUUGAGCUGCUCCCCUCCUCUUGCACUCUUUUAGACUAUCCUGCUUUCUGGUGGACAGCCAGCGAUGUCGUGGGACUGUGGCCUCAGGUACAUGUUCUCUGUGUCCCCCCCGCUGCAGCCAGGGAGUAUGUGCAUCAUGCCUGACAAGGAGGACCUGUCCAGACUGGAGAUGGUCCACCGACUGGCCAAGGAUGGCUGCCGCUUCCUGCAGAACCACAGCAAGGGCCCGGAGAGGACAUGCGAGCCCCAGAGUGACGAGGCAGUCCGCGUGUGUCUGCGGGAGAGGGGCCACGAUGUGCUCAUCCUCCAGAGAGUGUCGUCAGAGCGGCCAGCCCUCCCCGCAUCGGCGAGGGGAGGAGGCAGGGAGGAGGCGAGGAACAGGAGGUUCAUGGUGGUAUCAGGGACCCCGGAGAAGAUCCUGGAGCACUUGCUGAAUGAUCGGACACUGGACGAUGACCAGGGGACAACACAGGUCAAAGAGUCAGAUGCACUUCUGGAUGACUUUCUGCUGACCUACCCAGUGUUCAUGUCAACCACUGAUUUAUGUCAAGCUCUGCUGGGACACUAUUGCACCAAGCGAUGCAGAGGGAAAGAGGACAGGAAGGAGGCGCUGGAGAGGAAACAGAAAGUCCUGCACCUGGCGUCGCAGUGGGUGUCUCUCUGCAAAGACUUCCUGAGAGAGGAUGAGCACGUCAAAGUCUUCAUGAAGACUCUGUACCGCUACGUGUUGGACGACCUCUAUGAGCACCCCGCCCUGGAGACAGAUGUGAGGGAGCUGCAGAAACUCUACCAGCUGCAUCGCAGACACACUGUGGAUGAAUCUUCACCGCAGAGAAAGGGCAAAGCACUUUUCCACCAAUUGAGCCUGAAAGAGAACGGGCUCCAGUCCAGAAGCACGCAGAGGGAGACCAAGGAUGUGCUGUGUCGUGUGUAUAUCACUUUGGAAUCGUACCUGAGCACCAAGGCCCACGCAGACGUAGUGGCCCAGGAGCUGCUGCAGGCGGUGGCAGAGAGGAUGGAUGUCCCCCAUGGUGAACUAGUCCUCGUAGCUGUUACUUAUACUGGAGGUCGACUCCUCCUGCAGCCUCAGGACAGAGUUUUCUCUGAUUCUCUCCGGCCGGUGGGGAGGUUGCACAUAUGCAGGAAGGACCUGGGAGAAGUCCUGUACCCGUUCACAGACAACUCCGAGCUGCAGCAGAGGACUCGCAUGUUCACGUUAAACACGUGGGACGUGGCCGUUGCUCUAACAAACUUUGACUGGUCCAUCUUUGACUCGAUACAUGAGCAAGAACUGGUCUACUUCACCUUCAGCCGGCAUGCCAGCAGUCACCACACUGUGGCGUUAGAGCUGCUGCUGCAGCGCUGCAAUGAGGUGCAGCUGUGGGUGGUCACUGAGGUGCUGCUGUGCCCGACGCUCUGCAAGAGGGUCCAACUCAUCAAGAAGUUCAUCAAGAUCGCCGCCCACUGUAAAGCACAGAGGAACCUCAACUGUUUCUUCGCCAUUAUAAUGGGCCUGAACGCUGCAGCGGUCGGCCGCCUCAGUCAGACAUGGGAGAAAAUUCCUGGGAAAUUCAAAAAGCUUUUCUCAGAGCUGGAGGCAGUUACAGAUCCCUCUCUGAACCACAAGGCCUACAGGGACUCCUUCAGGAAGAUGAAGGCGCCAAAGAUCCCCUUUCUUCCACUGCUGCUGAAAGACAUCACAUUCAUCCACGAGGGCAACAAGACGUUCCACGAUAACCUGGUCAAUUUUGAAAAGCUGCACAUGAUCGCAGACGCAGUGCGGCUCAUUCGACAGUGUCAGAGAGAUCACAUGGGAAAUGGCAUCACCCAGAAGAGCAGCCCUGAGGUGCGCGCCUACAUCGAUUUUCUUCAUAUCAUCGACAAUCAACAGACUCAGUUUGAACUGUCACACAGGCUGGAGCCACGUGCUUAGACAGCAGCUCCCACUGAGCUUCCUAUCGCCACGGACCCCCCCCCCUCUAUCUCUCAGGACUCAAAGUCAAAGGAGCACUGCGUGACCCUGACUGACCACAGGAGGGAGCCGCUCAAUCAGGAAUCUCUCACCAGAGACAGGAAGGAGAAGAAGACACAUCUUAGGUUUGACUUGUGUAGACUUGUGCUGAGAACAUUCAACACCAGCAGCAGGUGUUGACGUGUGUGCGUGUGUGUGUGUGUUUGUGUGUGUGUGUGUGUGUCACCCUGCUGCUGCACUGCUUCUCUGUCCUGCAUCAGGUCAAGUGCUGUUUCCGAAAAUAAUCCAGCAGCGCCCCCCUGUGGUGAACCAGUAACUUGCAGAAAGAAACGUGUGCCGUCGAAGUCCCUCACAUCCAAUAAAAAGCAACAACAAAUGAAUGUGGACAAAAAGUGUUGAGCGUGGAGAUUCAGUCUCGACCAAUCACCUGCCUUUUCAGAGCUUUUACAACCGAUCACAUACACGAUUAUAACAUACGUGUUACAUCUUAAUGUGUCCACAGACCGUGUGAAUGAAUUUGGCAACGACAGAAAAUCACAAGAUUUAACCAAAGAGUAUUUCAGUGCACACACAUCUGUUUCCUCAGAGUUUCAUACAAUCCAGAUGUUCUCUUCUGCCUGAAGCUGGAUGUGCAGUCACCUCUGAAUCAGCACAGCGUUAGUGCAAGAAGCCGAUGUCUCACUAAACUAGAUCAAGACUUAAGACACAGAGAAAACAAUUGUUAAACCUACAGAUGAAUAUGAAGCGUAUAUUUUUUUCAUGAUUUAUUUAUACAUCACAGUAUUCUCAAACGGUUUCCUUUCUGUUUAAAGUGCAGUGAAGUGGUGAGCCUUUACACAGGUCAAAUAGUGCAGGACAUUAGUAGAGGAUAUACCGUACACUGGGUUUCUUUGGUGUAUGAGUGUCUGUCAAAUGUGUGUUUGUGCGUAUCUGUCAUCAUGUGUGUGUGUGUGUGUGUUCCAAUUGUGUAUGUUAGUGCCAAAACCAUAAAAAUGCUCUUUCAAUAACAAAAAAAAGUGUUAGUCAUCGCUAAGUAUCGACAUUAGGGUCCAUGUAGUUGAGCUUUGGACAAUCAGCAGACACAUCUUGUUCUUUCUUUACAGGUUUAAACAGAAUAUGGUGGAAUGUUUCCUUGUUUCAAAGGAUCAGACGUGUAGAUAGUUUUGUUUUGUUCAGCUUUAGCUUUUGGAUCGUGGGACUGCAGCAACAUGUCUUUACAAAGACAACGACACAAUGUCUCACAGCUUUGCCAACAGUAAAGUGAUGCUGUGUUUUGGUGGUGAACUGUUUAAGAAUGAAGAGCAAUAGCAAAAUGAAAUACUGCAGCACCUUCUGGAGGAAGAUAUUUGCUUGUGUACAAUGUGUUGAAGCGCUAACGUAUACAACUGUAGAGCUUGUAGUCAUGUGAGAGGGAAUUUAGUCUCUACAUAGAGCUGUGGAAAAUGUUCAUUCUGAGUAGAUGAAGUUUUGGGUGGAAUCUUUCUUUCUUUACUUUGUAUAUUUUUGGAUUUUAAAGCCGAUGGUGAACAGUAUCUUUUUCUUUAAUAACCAUUUAUCAUCAAAGAUGUACAGUUCCUUUUAUUUAUACUGUAUAUAUUUAUAAACAGGUUUAAAUUCUGGAUAUGGAUAUUUAUUUAUUUCAGAAUUAUUUAUUUGUUCUACAGAUUUUACAGUUUCCUUAGAUUUUCAUUUCUUGUACGCACUGUUUGGGCUGGUCUGCAUGAUGUGGUGAAAAUCCCCGGAUUGACCACCGCUGUCGACUGUGCAUGCAAUAAAAUACUUUUCAUCAUCAUGA